AACCAGCUUCAUUUUGGCACCAUUUUAAGGGGAGUGGACAGCAUGUUGGUGGGUUGGAGGUGGAGAGAUGUGAAUGCCCCAGCAUACUGUAUAUGCCCACUCUCACAGACAGAGAGCAAGUAUGGAAGAUUUAGCAACAAAAAGCGCAUGUAGAGGAGUAAAUGGACAGUCGAAAACUGACGAAUCACCUCCUCCUGCUGCUCACAGUGUUGACUCACGCUGCGGAUCCUGCCUGAAAAGCAUCAAGCUCUGGGUACCUGUGGACUACAAGAAUGAAACAGUUCAGCUUUUAAAACUGGCGGGACCCGUGUUGAUUUCCCAGAUGAUGACCUUCAUGAUCGGCUUCAUCAGCAUGGUGUUCUGCGGUCACCUGGGGGACACAGAGCUGGGGGGGGUGGCUUCUGCGUUAGCGGUAAUAAAUGUCACAGGUAUCUCCAUUGGCUGUGGUUUGGCUUCAGCGUGUGAUACUCUCAUAUCUCAGACUUAUGGGAGCGGUAACCUAAAGCGUGUCGGAGUGAUACUCCAAAAGGGAGUUCUGAUUCUGCUCUUAGCCUGUUUCCCCUGCUGGGCCGUUCUCAUUAACACCCAACCCAUUCUGCUGGCUGUCAGGCAGAGCGCAGAGGUCGCCAGACUCGCCCAGCUGUAUGUGAAGAUCUUUAUGCCGGCUCUGCCUGCCGCCUUCAUGUACCAGCUGCAGGGGAGGUAUCUUCAGAAUCAGGGCAUCAUGUGGCCCCAGGUGAUAUCUGGAGUCAUGGGGAACAUUUUAAAUGUGAUAAUCAACUACAUCUUCCUCAACCGUCUGAAUCUGGGGGUUGCUGGAUCUGCAGCUGCUAAUGCCAUCGCACAGUACUCCUUGGCUGUCUUCUUGUUUGUGUACAUGUGCUCCAGGGGACUGCACAAAGCUACAUGGGAUGGCUGGUCAGGAGACUGCCUGCAGGAGUGGGGUCCUUUCCUCCACCUGGCCAUCCCCAGCAUGCUGAUGCAUUGUCUGGAGUGGUGGCUGUAUGAGAUUGCAGGGUUCCUGGCAGGCGUCAUCGGCGAGGUUGAGUUGGGAGCUCAGUCUAUAGUUUAUGAACUGGCUGCUAUUGCUUAUAUGUUUCCAAUGGGUUUCUCUGUGGCUGCCAGUGUUCGCGUUGGAAAUGCUUUUGGUGCUGGAAACACAGAGCAAGCAAAGAUGUCCAGCAAGGUCUCCCUCAUCUGUGCAUCUAUUGUCGCGUGUCUUAUCGGAGCUUGUCUUGGUGUAUCUAAGGAUGUGGUUGGUUACAUUUUCACCACAGAGAAAGACAUUAUUCAAAGGGUGGCUGAUGUCAUGAAGAUGUACAGUUUCAUCCAUGUCGCAGAGGCCUUUGCGGGUGUGACUGGAGGUAUUGUCAGGGGGGCAGGGAAGCAAAAGAUUGGUGCUUUGUGCAACUUGGUGGGUUACUACUUCAUUGGGUUCCCCAUUGGAGUGUCUUUGAUGUUUCCUGUCAAAAUGGGCAUUGUAGGGCUGUGGACAGGGUUUUUAAUUUGUGCUGUGGUACUGUCCAUAUUUUUUUUAGUUUUCCUGUGUAAACUAAACUGGAGGAAAGCCACUAAAGAGGCGCUGGUAAGAGCUGGAGUCCACGUCACAGAGACAAACAAGAUCUUCGUGAUAGAAAACAAGGCACUGGACACCGGCGAGAAACAGGCCCCCAUAAAGACCAGUCGAUCCAGUUCUUGCACUCCUGCAGAGGGGAAGCUGGAGGCGCUCGGUGCAGGUCAGCAGACCUCAGAUGACAUGGCUCUGUCAGUCAGGCAGCUGGUGGUGCGACGUGGCCUCGCUGUGCUGCUCAUGUUCAUCAUCCUCGCUGCUGGAGUCUUCAUCAGUGAGCUGCUCAUCAGACUGCUCGAAUUAGACAAGUGACCAUUAUCAGACCUUGUUUGUGCAGCAUGAAACAAAGCUCUGUGAGUCUGCCUUCGAGAGUACAGAUGCAUCUUCAUGUUAAGCAGUAAAGUUAGAAAAUAAGAGAGUCUAGGCAGCUUCCAUCUCACCAUCUAAAGCAAUUUGUAAUGAUAAAUUUCCUUUUCAUACUUGCACUUUUACAAAAUUCCAGACCAUUUAUUUUGCACUAAUGAUGUGAAAAUACUGUAGCUGCAUUGCAAUGAUACAUGUUACACAAGUAAAAUGUUCUUUAAUUGCAUUGAAUAAGUUAUUGCUCCAUUUAAAAAGUUUGAAAAGUUAUGAGUUUAUUUCCUCAUUACGUCAUAUUGAAGGGUUUGUCUUUAUAGUUUCAUAUAUUUUCCAAGAGCAGUUACAGCAAUAGUGUUUAUGUCACUUAGCUCUUCCUUGCUCUAGUCUUAUUAAUAGUUCAAACCUACUCCAUUUUGCAGUUCUUAUGUCAGUCAUUUUUUAGAAAAUCUAAGAAACACGACUUAAAUGAAGCAUCUGAUGAAGAGGUGAGCAGAAAAAAAAUGUAUACGUGUCUCCUUUAUAUAGAAACAUGCUGUGUAAGAUUGGCUCCAAUCAAGGCACUGACGAAAUAUAUGUUCUCAUUAUGAAAUAUAUAGUCUGAAUUGAUGCCACAAUUAGAAAGAGCAUGAUUAAAUGCUAUAUUUAGGCUACAGCGCAUCUGUGGAUGUGUGCUUUCAUCAUCAAAGACAGAAAAGCUGCUCUCUUUUUCUUUGGUUUAUUUUUCUUUCCUUUGAUCUGUGUUGCCAAAUUUGAUGAUAAUGAAAGGUCUGUACUCUCACACUGCAACGUGCUGGCUGGAUGAAGACAUGUCAAACUGAGCAAAUCAACCACCUGUGCACUCUGUGCAGGAGCAGAUAACUAGCUAGCUCAGGCUUCACAGUUAUAGCCUGCUCACAAAUAAAGAAUUCACCCUGGUAACAGCAAACAACUAACCACGUGGGAUCUUCAGAAAUACAUAAAGUACACAUGGUGUUUCUCUACAGACCCAUCAAAAGCAAUGGUUAGACAUUUUGUGAAAUGUGCUUGUUCUAAUUGUAUGAGAAGAUUGAUAUUACUGUCUGUGAAAUACAAGGCUACAGCCUGAAGCCAGUUACCUUAGCUUAGCACAAAGAGUGGAAACAGGGAAACAGCCUGGCUCUGUCCAUAGGUAAAAAAAAUUCACCGACCAGCCCCUCAAGAGCUCAUCAUAAUGUGUAAUUUGAUUCGUCCAUACAGGUAAAGCAGCCAGUUGCUCACUGUAGCCUCGUAUUUACUGACUAGAGAAUGGAAUUUGAUCUUCUCAUCUAACUCUACAGAACGCAUAUUUCCCAAAAUGGCAAUACUGUCUAGGGCUGUUUGAUAUGAAACCAUGUCAGCGUUGGUUAGCAGAUGACGGACGGCAGCAAAUUAGAGUAAGCAUGGUGCACCAGCUCUGUAACUUUUUGCAAGUAACACUUGGAUCAAAAUAAUCUGGCCAAAAUACAUUUAAUCUCUGUCACACUGUAUUUCCUGUGGCCUAAAACAUACAUUUUUGGUAAAUACUCUUAAAGUAAAUUCACAUAUUCCUUGAAUUCCAACUCUUACUUACAGAGGUAUAUAUCAACUGAAAUUGUUUAGUCCAGUUUUAGUUGUAUUUUUCCAGAGUCCCAAAAAAGUAACAGCAAUAAUUUUUUUUUUUUUGCGUCCCCUCAAAAUACAUUUUGUGUUGUGUGUCUUGUAGUACUUUUCUUAUCCAAAUGUUUAUUUCCGCUUAGCUGUUCACCAGGGCAACACCCAAGUUAGGAUCAGCACAUUGCAUUUUACUUUGAACUGGGCAUUACAUAUGCUGAUGUAGUAGCCUAUUACCAAAGCUGUUUCCGGAACAUUGUCUGGUACUACAGCACUACAUAUUAACAGUGGUUAAUACCAAAACGGAUUCAUUUAGAUUGUAUGCUUUUGGUGGGCUAUUAUAAAUUACAGAUACAGCAAUAAUAAGAUGGCUCCCUCAGGUGCACACUGUGAAACACAGAAACAUGCAUUCUUUGGGGACAAAAAUCACAGAAUUAAGUUUAUAUGCAGCGCACAAACUGAUACUGCUGGCAUGAGAGACAAUCAGUAACUAAACUACCUGUAACUACCUGUAGGCCUAUAUAUAUAAAAUCAUUUUCUAAAGAUUUCAUAUUAUAACGAGAGUCUUUGGUCAACUGCUGGCAUUUUAACUUUAUCCACUGCAGAGAAACAAUUGGAAGGGAGUACAAAAAUACUGUGAGGUAACAUAAAACACAUUGCGAGGGAUCUUAGCUCAUUCUCAUUUCCAGGGCGUCAAAAAUGGCAGUUUGGUCAGAGGCUGUCAGCACCUGAUUCCAGUGCACAAGGCUGGGAUGCCUUAUCCAUCGGAUUGGUCAAACAUACACAGGAAUUUCAUCCAGAAGACUGCUGUUCGUUUCCUGUGCGAAACAUUGAUUUGACGCUAUAGUGGUACCUAGAACGUCAUAGUUUGAAGCCCAGGACUGCUGACUAAGCUGCCGUAUUUGACAAAUUGAGAGUGAGAAUGUGUUGCAAUAUUGUCAGGUAAUGCAAAAAUACUACAAGGAGGGGGGGCUCGGUAGUAUGUAGGCACAACCAGGCUAACCACUUUAUAUUAGGUGAUAACUUCAAAAGAGCUUUCACCUUACAGGUAAGUCUGCACUCUGGCCUAUAUUAAGGCAGCACACCCACAAGCAUCUGCACUCUCCAAACUGACAUCAGCAUCAGCUUGCAACAGACUGAUGUUUGCAACAGUCCCAUAAAGAAAAGGAAAAAAAAGUGCAUAUUAAUUUAUCGUUAUUCAACAUGUAAAUCAGGCUUGAUUCACACAUGGUUACGUUGUCGUCUGAGCUUCAGUCUUGCUCAUCAGUGCAGACAUUGUCACAGGCUCCUCACAGAGCCUGUAAUCUUGGCCCGCUCACCUCCAGAGACUGCAAUCAGUAACAUGCUGUGGCAUCAUUAACAAGUGACUGUGUAAAGAUCUGCUGUCAGUAACUUGUGAUGCAGUGGUUUAACGGAUCUCAUAUUAACUUCAUGGUUGUGUCACCAUGCAGCACAAUAACGUACCUGGAAGUCAGCUGAAUUAUGGCUGCAGUUGUUUUGCUUAUUAUUUCAGUUAAACAGUCCAGAACUACUGGCCACUGGAUUUGCCUUUUUUAGGUAUUUCUCCUUUUGUAGCAACUUUGUGUCCAGUUUCUAUUACUACAUAAUGACCACUUAAAUAGUUUAUGUUAUGUGACAGAAAUCAAUGAUUGCCUCUUCUCCCAAAGGAAAAAAACAAUCUAUCUGCAGCACUUUGAUCACAUUAAGUGUCAUAUUGAAGGGCAAUCUGUUUCCAUAAACAACAGCAGCUAAGUCAUUGUUUUAUCAUGAGUCAGUUAUUAAAUGAGGCUGGGUACAAUCACAAUAAAUGGCUAAACCUUACCUGAGUAUUUAGAGUUCCUAAACCUUAACUAAAGUGACAAUAGCUAACAUGAGCAGCCUCUCUUUCCCAGCUCAUAAAACAACAUCUUCUUUUACAUAUCUGAAUGUCAUUUCACAAAAUGCCUACACUUAAAGGAGCUAUAUGUAAGAAAUAUAAAGCAAAUAGUCAUAAAAUCCUCCUAAUAUGUCAGAGAGACUAAGGAAUAAUGUUCAUAUAACAUACUGAUCUCACCGACAACAACAGUACAGCCAGAAUAUUCGCAUUUAAAAAAUUUUUUACGUACCACAAAUAAUGUUUAUGUUUUGAAUUUGUGUUUUGGCCUGUUGCGCCACCCACCGCCAUCUACCAGUCACGCAGUCAGUAGUGUCUCAGCAUCAGUUAAAGUUAUGACUGAGCUACAGCAGCACGGCAAGCAGCAUUAGCAGUGUCUUGGUAAAUAGCAUUAGCAGCCGGCUCCUCCGCUGUAUCCCGGCAGCAGCGUUAGCAGCAGAGAAGCCGGACUUGCUCGAACGGUCCGGUGGAAAACCGAAGAUCAAAGACGCGGCGACGCGGCCCUGCCAUGGCAGCCACCCAUGGGCAAACAAAUCAGUCUCCAGCGCGCCGCUGUCCAGCAACCUCGAAUCUGUAGGGGAGGGGGGGCGGACACGACUCACGGCAGUAUUUUGAAUUUGAGUGCAGUAACUGUUUUGGCCACAUUCUUACAUACAGCGCCUUUAACGUCUAAAAAAAUCAAAGUAUAUGUAAGUAUAUUAUAAUUGCUGUAUCGCAAUGUAGUAUGAAAUCUGUGGACUGCACAAUGGCGCUUACAUUUAGAUAUCUGUCAUUCUCAGUUACGUUUAUUUGAAGGAGAAUGAGGAAAUUGAAAUAUAAGUUUGGCACGUCUUCUGUUUGUGCAGUUUUAUUCACACAAUGUUUGUCUCAUAAAAGCAUAAUUUUUUUUCAAUAAGACCAAGUGAAAGUUGUUUACUGAGGCAGCUACAUGCUAGCAGGAACAAGAGUAGCAUUCUCUGGACAUUGGAUACUAUAAUGUCAAUAGCAGGACCUCAAAAAUCAACGUGUCCAUGUACAACGGUUCGUAUGAUAUCCAAGAAUUAGCACCCCACCAAUGGCGUCUUCACAGUAUGUACUUAAUGUAAAUGUAUGAAGGUUAGCUUUAGUGAAAGAAACAUGGUGACGAAGUACCUUAAAACAACUCAAAGUUCACUUGGUGUCACACGGGACACAGGCACAAGUGUCCUGUGUUUGUUUGACCCACUCACCACGCCAACCUGCCUUGUCAUGCGCACUUUUGGUCUUUAUACUACUAAGUUCUUUAUUUCCAUCCGCCAAAGCGCUGGUCACGUGGUCACAGCCUUUCCAAUUGCUUGUGUUAAAUACGAAUUAUUGGCUCAUGAUUAUGCCGUUUAUAUACAAAUUCUGGUGCAUUACUUUUCGUAGGUAUAGAUACAAACAGUGCA